ACGUACCCGCUCACUGACACAGCAGAACACGCGCAUCCCCAUUUUAUCUCUCGCUCGCUCUCGAUUCAAGUAGAUGCCCCAAAACGCCUCUCUUCUCAUUCUUCAGGUCUAUCAAGCAACCGCCUUUCUCCUCCAUCAUUAUAUAAGUGAUCAGAAAGCUCUUCAAUGGAAGGACAAAGUGACCAAGAGAACCCUCCGAAGAUGAUGCCUUCCAACUCUAGAGGAAGUGGUGAGGAUUCCGCCACAGCUGAUGGAAAAAUUGGGAAUGGAAGCCAGGGGACCUGCCUCCCAGAACCAUUUCAUAACUAUGUGGAGUAUCUCACAGAAGCCUCACCAUAUCUGCCAAAUACUACCGCCGAGUAUGUACUUGGCAGCUGUUAUCCUCCUGUUGGUAGCUUACACGAUGUUAAUGGGGUCAAUGGAACAGACAGGAACUUCUUUUAUAAUGAUCCAGGAAAAGCAUGCUGUUUUAAAGCUCCUGAUUCUUCUGCUGGCAUAGACUUUAGGAAGGUGGGUUUUUGGAGACCAAAUAGUGAAGGCCACCAAUCGAAGAAAUUCGCAACUAACCAACCCGACCAUCAUUCUGAGCAGAGCCAAGCUCCGUGGAAAGCAGAAUCAACUGGAGAUAAGCAUUCUGCUUCAAAACUUGAUCGAAGGGUAACAGGAGGUGAACCUGGUUUCCUUCCCAAAUCACGAAGUAGUUCAUCAAAACAGAAAGCCAUGGCAGCUGACCGUCAACGCAGGCAACGUAUUGCUGAUAACCUUAAAGCUUUGCACGACUUGCUACCGGCUCCAGCAGAGGGUUGCUCGACAUAUAUACUGGAUGACAUCAUUGACUAUGUCAAAUAUUUGCAGCUUCAGAUAAAGGUAUUAAGUGGAAGUAGAUUGCAAGGCGAAUCACCUGCCAUGCCACUCACAUUCCGUGAGGGUUAUGGCCACUAUAUUAGCCAGCAGAUGCUGAAUGAACCUCUUGAGGAGAUGAUGGGAAAACUGGUUGAGGAAAAUCCAGCAGCAGCAGCUCAGCUGUUAGAGAGCAAGGGCCUUUAUCUGUUGCCUUUGACCUUGGUUGAAGACUUACGCCAAGCUAUGCAGAUGUUUGGCGGGAAUCCACGUGUCUAAAUAAAGGAAAGGAUUUCGUUUGUGGUGAAAUUUAUCUUCCACAAAAAUCUCAAAACCAGAACGCUUUUUCUUUAGCCUUUUGGUCAUUUCUCCUGCCCAUGCAAUGCGGGCCAAAUUGAGAUUAAUUGACAUUGUAGCUCUAGAGAGAUUUUCAUUUCGGGCCCACUAUAUGGUUAAAACUUAUACGGACAACAUGAUCCUGUAUUAUCCAAUUCCACAGUGCAUGCUCGAUGGACAUGCCUUAAGCGCACUGGCAUUGAGCAUUGACUUGCUUGAAAUUUUGGAAUUAUUUCAUCUGGAAUGCGGCCAACUGGCCCGCAUAUUCCUAAA